AUGGAGGAGAGGGUGGGAGGGGGAAAGUUGUCCUUAUAUCCAUUACUCAAAUUAUACAGGUUCACUUAUGAAAUAGCACCUGUUUACAUUCUUAUGGAAAAAGCAGUGAUGAAGCGAAUGUGGGAAGCAAUUGGAUGGGAUCCAGAGACAAGCGAUGGAAUCUUCGCUCCCGGUGGUGCUCUAGCAAAUCUUUAUGCGAUGAUAACUGCCAGGCAUGCAAUGUACCCUCGUAGUAAAUAUGUCGGUCUCAAGGACGUUCCACAACUUUGCGCUUUCACCAGCGAAAGUAGUCAUUACUCAAUCAAAAGCGCUGCUGCAGUCUGUGGUAUCGGUACUGAUCUGUGUUUUGCUAUCUCUAACGACAAUGCAGGCAGACUGAUCCCGGAAGAGCUGGAACAGAAGAUUAUCGAAUGCAAAAAAGAGGGUCUUGUUCCAUUUUUCGUGUGCUGUACGGCCGGAACGACCGUGUAUGGAGCCAUGGAUCCGAUCGACAAAGUUGCUGACAUCUGUGAACGACACAAAUUAUGGCUACAUGUCGAUGCUGCUUGGGGAGGAGGUUUGUUGCUAUCGCCAGAGCAUCGCUAUAAGUUGUCUGGAAUUGAGCGAGCCAACAGUGUCACUUGGAAUCCACACAAACUAAUGGGAGCUCUACUGCAAUGCUCUGCUUGCCUUUUCAAGCAGGACGGAACGGAGGGCUUCAGACAACAAAUCAACAAACUGAUGGAUCUUGCCGCCUACUUUACCCAAAGGGUUCGUGAAACAGAAGGCUAUGAGCUCGUCUUGGACCCUCUUGCUUUAGACAGGCUGUCCUUAUCCACACAUUUCCAGAUCGCUCCAAAAAUCAAGGCAAGAAUGAUGGAACGAGGGACAACGAUGGUUGGCUAUCAACCAGAUAAACAACGUCCAAAUUUCUUCCGUAUGAUCAUAUCGAAUCAGGCAAUCACCCGCGAAGAUCUAGAUUUUCUGAUCCAGGAAAUUGUAGACAUCGGAGAAUCAUUGUAA